GUACGAACAGUUACAUUUCACUGAACAAACGAUAAUGUUCAUAACGCAAAUGACGGACCGAUUAAUGUAGUAUUUCAUGGACGUAAUAAGAGUGUAGAGGACGUAAUAAGAGUGCCACUCUAUGUACAUACAAUUGUAGGACGGACGUAAAUUAUCCGUGCUUGUGAAGUGAAUACUUUUACUGUAUGGAAUCAGUAGCGAACUAAAUUUCGCCGCGAAUAAACAUCAUCAGGGUCUUGCAAAAUAAUUUUGAUCAUUCUUCUCAAUACUAAACUUCAUAAAUCAAUGAAAUGACAGCAUAUAUUUUCAAAUUGCUCAUCGGAGCAGUCGUACUUUAUCAAAACGCUAUAGCUGAUAUACCCGACUGUGUCUUCGAAGACACUGUCAACUUAACCGCUAGUACCAAAUUUUCCAAUGGUUCAUAUCUCUAUGAAGAGGUGUUGGUGCCACCACAAUUGAUAGCCGAAUAUAACUAUAUUGAGCUUUACGAAGGUGUGCGUAAGCCCGUAGAGAGACAUACACGCGGCUGUGUGUGCAAGAUCAAACAAUGUGUAAAGUUCUGCUGUCAUCCAAGGGCAGAAAUGUAUCUGACAAGUGAGGAUAGCGCACCGCAAUGUGAAGAAGUACUUAAUGAGAAGCUCACAUAUUCACCAUACGUAAAUGUAACUCUGCGAAACAACAGUCGUGUCGUGAUGCAUAUGUUGGAUGAGUUUGUGGUGCAGCAGGGGAUACCGUGCGAAGGUGGCUAUAUGCUAAUGCCACACAAGUACGAAGAGGAUCAGUGGGAGUUGUUUGAGAACGGCACGUUGUUGCGCACCAGCGAUGCGAAAUCUUUUUCGAGGCGAGAUUAUUGCUUACACGCUCAUAAUACGAGUGUGGGGUUUGUAUUGAAUCCAAUGAACUGCCCCAUCAUUUAUAAAGAGCCAAAAACGCUGAUGUUCAAUACGAUAAUCAUGCUGAUUUCGGCGCCAUUUCUUUAUGCCACCAUACUGAUCUAUUGGCUCAUACCGGAAUUGUGGAACUUGCACACCAAGUGCUUGAUUAGUUAUCUACUUUCGUUAGCGAUUGGUACAACGUUGAUUGUUUUAGUCAAUAUGCAAGAUUCAAAUUAUGAAACAGUUGCUUGCGCUUUUAUUGGUUUUGUGUCAUACUUCUUCCUUACUGCCGUCUUCUUCUGGCUGAAUGUGAUCUGUUUCGAUCUUUGGUUAAAUUUCCGUGUUACCCAAGGCGCAGUUCAAAACGUAACGAAGCGUAAACGAUUUCUUUACUAUUCCCUCUACGCUUGGGGCAUGCCGGCUUUGAUGACAAUAGUAACAGCCAGUUUACAAAACUCAAAUUUACCAAAUGGUCUCAAGUCGGGCAUUGGAGAUACACACUGUUGGUUGAAACUUAACGAUUGGUCUGCCAUGAUCUAUUUCCAUGGACCCUGUUUACUGCUCAUAAUGUUUAAUAUUGGCAUAUUUUUCUUAACUGCAAAUAAAAUCUAUACAAUACGUAAGGAACUGCAGCACUUUUCCCGUGGCGACUCCAGCCGUAGACACUUACGUACGCAGCAAAAUAAUAAAAAUUUAAUGCAAUUUUUCAGUGUUUGGCUCUUCUUUCGGAUGUUUAUUGUAAUGGGUAUCGGUUGGUUGCUGGAGAUAAUCAGUUAUAUGGUUGGCAAUGACGGUAAUUGUACUCUGUAUUUUGCCGUCACAGAUGCUUAUAAUGCUUCGCAAGGUCUGAUUAUAUUUAUAUUGCUGGUUAUGAAGAGGAAGGUGCUUAAACUGAUUAAGAAAAGAUUUACUAAAUCGGACAAUACUUUGCAGUUUUCAUCACGACGGUUUACCACCACCAAGUCCAGCUUGUCGGCCAUUGAGUUGUCCAAUACUGAAAACCGAUCGAAACUUCGGAACUGAGAAUCCAACUAAUAUCAAUCCUAAAGAAUCGGCAGUGCAACUGCAAAAUAUUCGAAUGAAGAAACAAAUACAGUGAUAUAAUUAAUAUUUUAUAAGAGUACGAGUUUAAAGGCGAGAGCAACCAAGCAAUCGUGUGUUCUCAAACUCACCAGAGACCAGUACUAAUUAUCUAGUAUACUUAUAGUAUUUACCAAAGACUUAAUGAUGUUAAGAUAUGAAUAUGACUAUUCUUAAAGCAGUAUUGUACAUACAUAUAUGACUUAGGUGGAUUAAUGAUGCUGCCACUCGAAAAUCAUUACACUAUAUCCAAUGAUCGAAUAAUAAUUAUACUCAUACAUUUUUUAUUUACAAGUACAAACAUAUUCAUAAACAAUAUAUAAACUGUAGCAGUCUUCGAUUCGCCCAAACUGGGAGACUGGCGAUGCGAACAUAAAAUUUUUUUGUAUGAAAUAUAAGUGGCUCACUUUGUUGUUGCUUUCACUUGUAAAAUAUUUUUAAAGAAUGCGUUAAAUUGAGUUUAAAUAUAACGAGCAGAGAAGUGGCGGAUCGAAGACAGCCUAUGUCAUAUAUGUACUAUAUAUGUACAUGUGUACAUUUACUCUCAGUAUAUGAAUAAAAAAUUUGUUUUUUUUUAUACUCUCGCAACCUGUUGCACAGAGUAUCAUAGUUUUGUUCACAUAACGGUUGUUUGUGUCACCAAGAAAUAUAAGAGUUAGAUAUGGGGUUAUAUAUACAUAAAUGAUCAGGAUGUCGAGUAGAUUUGAAAUCCGGAUGUCUGUCCGUCCGUCUGUCCGUCUGUCCGUGCAAGCGAUAACUUGAGUAAAAAUUAAGAUAUCUUAAUGAAAGUUGGAACACAUGUUCCUUGGCAUCCUGAGGAGGUUGCUUUCGAAAAUGGGCAAAAUCGGUCCAUUGCCACGCCCACAAAAUGGAGGAAACCGAAAACCUAUACAGUGUCAUAACUAAGUCAUAAAUAAAGUUAUGAAAAUGAAAUUUGGAACAUAGGAUCCCAUUAGGAAGGGGCACAUUUGGAUGUAAUUUUUUUGGAAAAGUGGGCGUGACCCCGCCCUCAAAUAAGUUUUUUGUAUAUAACUCGCAAACCAAUAAAGCUAUAUAAGCCAAACUUUCUGCAGUCGUUUUUUUUAGCCAUUUCCUUAUACAGUCUUAUACAAAAAUGAAAGAAAUCGGAUAAUAACCACGCCCUCCCAUACAAAGGUUAGGUUGAAAAUUACUAAAAGUGGGUUAACUCCCUAACGAAAAACGUCAGAAACACCAAAUUUUACAUAAGAAAUGGCAGAAGAAAGCUGCACUGAGAUUUUUUUACAAAAUGGAAAAUGGGCGUGGCGUCGCCCACUUAUGGGUCAAAAACCAUAUCUCAAGAACUAUUCGACCGAUUUCAAUGAAAUUCGGUACAUAACACUUUCUUGACACCCUGAUGACACGGGUGGAAUAUGGGCGAAAUCACAACUACGUCUACUUCCCAUAUAACCCAAUUUUGAAUUCCAUCUGAUUCGUUCACUUUAUAAUGUAUUCAUAAGGAACCAAUGAAGCUAGCGGAAUAAAACUUUACACAAAUACUGUAUUUGAGCUGUGACAUCACUUGUGGAAAAAUUGUCAAAAUCGGACCAUGACUUUUCAAGGCCCCUGAUAUCAAGCAGGAAGAACUCAGUGCCUAAGGUUAAUUUUUCACCGAAAAUAUAGGUAAAUCCCUCAGAUAUUUUAAUGUAAUUCAUUCCCUCUGAAUUUUUUUCUUAUAACAGUUUCUCUCUGUACCUGAAAUGGUAAAAAUCGGGUCAUAAUUUCCCCCAGAUCCUAUAUACCUAAUUAUAAGUAAUAUUAAAUUAAGUGAGCGUAUAGUCUUCGAUACGUUGUAUCUUGGUUGUGAAAACGAGUGAAAUCGGUUUAGGAAUUACCUCAGUCCCCAUAUACUAUUUAUGAUGAUUGUCGUUAUUCUAUUGAACUUUAUGCCGAAUAUAUGGGUCGAAUUGUGUUGUCUUUAUAAAAUUACAUCAAUAAAUUGCGAGAGUAUAAAAUGUUCGGUUACACCCGAACUUAGCCCUUCCUUACUUGUUUUUUUAUAAAGUAAAUGAAUAUGUAGAUAAUAAGCAUAACAAAUAAAAUUUUAUACUACAUUGAAUUUUUUUAAUAAAACAAUAAUUACAAAAAAAA